AUGGCGGAGGUUGAAUUGGAGUCAGUUUUGGAAUUCCUGAGGAAGAAUGGUCUGUCGGAGAGCGAAUCGGCUCUCACAGAGGACAUCAUUGAAAAAUCCCAACUCGCUUCUUCUGAAUUCGAGAAAUUCUUCUUCCCCAUGGCGCCGGCGCCGCCGUCGCUGAGGAUUCCUGAGCUUCGUGAAGGCGGCGGUGAGAGCUCCAAGAGUUUGUCCGAUGAUGAGUUCGUGAGUCCCGCCGGCUCUUCUACCACUGAAUUGUGCUGUUCUGAAUUUACAAAUCCGUAUGGUAUUCGGCCGUCCUCCCAGUCAUCAUCCGACAGGCUAUCCCAGUUCGGCACGGCUCGGGACUACCUUGAUUUUGAUAUGCAAAACGACCUCUUCUGGUACAAGGAGAAAGACGAGGAUUUUUACGCCGAGGACAAGUACAUCACAACUGUUGAGAAAGAAAACUCGAAACACAAGGCUAGCAAAGAUUAUUAUGAGCUGGGCCAACUUUUUGUACUCGAGAGAAAUAAGCAAAAACACGAACAAGUAUUCUCGGAUUAUACUUGUUCGGCUACUCUUUGUGCUUGUUGUGAUAAGGGUACUCAAGUUUAUACAGAUCGUGCACAGUAUAAUUUGGUGGGUAUGAAAACCGAAGAUGUAAAUGAAAAUUGUGUAAGCCCAAAUGGUUUGCACGAUUGGGUUGGAGGUAAAUUUGAUGAUAUGGAUGAAUUUUGCGCAGAUAAGAAAAGCGAUGAGAAAAACGAGAACGAAAACCAUGAGUUUGUAUAUGAUGAGGUUAUUGCAGGAGAAUCCAAUGAACCUCAAGUUGUGUUAAACGAAGAGGAUGGUGUAUCAAUGUGUGAUUCUAAGGAAGAUGAUUUUGAUAUAUUCAGUCUAAGGAUUAUUCACAGGAAAAACAGAACAGGAUUCGAAGAGAACAAAGAUUUCCCAAUCGUGAUGAACAGUAUCAUAGCCGGUCGAUACUAUGUCACAGAGUUCCUAGGAUCUGCUGCUUUUAGUAAGGUUGUCCAGGCCCAUGACCUUUGCCUCGGCCUGGAUGUUUGCUUGAAGAUCAUAAAAAACGACAAAGACUUUUUCGAUCAGAGCUUGGAUGAGAUCAAGCUUCUGAAGUUUGUGAACAAGCAUGAUCCCGCUGAUGAAAGUCAUAUUUUACGUCUUUAUGAUUAUUUUUACUGCCAGAAAUACAACCAAGAAUCCGGUGGGGAGCCAUAUUUUACAUUGCAUAGACUGCAGAUCAUAACCCAGCAAUGUUUGGAGGCUCUAACAUACCUGCAUGACCUGGGAAUCAUUCAUUGUGAUCUAAAGCCGGAAAAUAUUCUGAUCAAAAGUUAUAGAAGAUGUGAGAUAAAAGUUAUAGAUCUCGGGAGCAGUUGCUUUCAAACAGACAACCUAUCCUUGUAUGUGCAGUCCCGUUCUUACAGAGCGCCAGAGGUUAUGUUGGGCCUUCCGUACGACCAGAAGAUCGACUUGUGGUCGCUUGGGUGCAUUUUGGCGGAGUUGUGUACGGGCGAGGUGCUCUUUCCAAAUGAGGCAAUUGUAACUAUUCUUGCGCGCAUGAUAGGUGUGCUUGGCCCGAUUGACAUGGAAAUGCUCCAACAGGGCCAAGAGACACACAAGUACUUUACCAAAGAGUAUGAUCUGUAUUAUAUAAACGAGGACACGAACAAGCUGGAGUAUAUUGUCCCUGAUGAGACAUCAUUGGAGCAUCACUUAGAUGUUUCAGAUUCUUGUUUCAUUGAAUUUUUGAAAUGCCUGCUCGAGAUCAAUCCAAAGAGACGGCUAACAGCUAGGGAGGCACUACAACACCCUUGGCUUUCAUAUUCCUACGAGGCCCAUUACAUUUCAUCUUUAUCUUCAUCUCCAACCCGCCGCACUCAGUGUUCGUCGAUCGCGCUCCGUCACACACCUGAAUCUGCAAAGCCCUAUUCAGCACUCGACGACUCGUCUUCUCAAAGUAGUAGAACUCCAUCAGUGAGCUCUCCACCCAAAUCCCUCGUGCGGGAUGCUCCUCAGGCAACCCAAAUUAAAUCCCUCGUACGGGCUGCUCCUCAGGCUCAGAGUCGUGUUUCAGUUGAACAAAUUCGGCAAAACCCUAUUUAA